UGGGCCGGGGCCUCCCGCUCCUGAUUGGGGUUCAUGGAGCCGGGGCUGUGGCUCCUUUUCGGGCUCACAGUGACCUCCGCGGCAGGAUUUGUGCCUUGCUCCCAGCCUGGGGGCUCUGGCAGAACCAGUGCCCCGGCACCCCCUGGAGCCAGAUCUGAGGGGGAUUGUGAAGAGACUGUGGCUGGCCCAGGUGAGGGGACUGUGACCCCCCCAACAGCAGUGCAGAGUCCACAUCCGGAAAGUGCUGGGGAGCAGGCAGCCAAGGCGGGGCCUGCACUGCACCGUGCCCGGCGCUGCACGUGCUUCACCUACAAGGACAAGGAGUGUGUCUACUAUUGCCACCUGGACAUCAUCUGGAUCAACACUCCUGAGCAGACUGUGCCAUAUGGACUGUCCAACUAUAGAGGAAGCUUCCGGGGCAAGAGGUCCUCAGGGCCAUUUCUGGGGAGCUCACAGCCCUUGUCGCAGACACCCUUGCGCUGUGCUUGUGUGGGGACAGAUGACAAGGCCUGCGUACGCUUCUGCAUGCAAACCUUGGAUGUCAGCAGUGAUUUGAGGAGAGCAGACAAGCCAGGCAAAGAAGAAAAGGGGGAGGCCGCUGGGGCCCGCAGAGGCCUUCGUCCAAGGUGA